AUGGCGACCAAUGUGAGACGCAGUCGCCUCCCUGGCUACACGGGCAUGCACAACGGAAACAAUAGCACACAAACAAGUCUCGGAAACACUAUGUUUGGCACAGCCACACAAUCAUCUAGCCCAUGGAACAACAGUGCCACCGCGAGCUUCGCGAUGAACCGAGAUACAGUUACCCCUAGAGAUACCAUCAACGGGAGCACCAGUGCUCUUCGCGGAACAAAGGGGAACUGGAUUGGUGCUAGCAUGCAUCCGUAUGGUAGCGCGGAUUCUACACAACCACGCCCUCGCUCGGGGAACACAUCCCCCCGAAGUCGGUCUGACGCAUCGAGUCACGAUAUGAAUACCGCCUCGAGAUUCUUUCCUGUUCCUUCAACCGCCCCCCAGGCCGCUCAGGUCGGGUCACGGGGCCCAAAUACGGCGACGACGCUGGAGUCGUCCAACAGACCAUUCAGGCAUGCUCCCAAUUUCUCGGACUUUGGAGAUGAUGGAGACUCUGGAUCUCCAAACGCUUUCCUACCCGCUCAGAUCGGCCCAGAGCUGGCAAAAACGGCGAUAAAGCCGGAGGCGUCGAAUAGGGCGAUCAAGUAUCCUUUCGACUUCCCGGGCUAUCCAGAAGAGAACGGAGAGGAUCGGUUUCCAAAACUGACGCAAGGGCUCGACUUCACAAUGGCAGCUCAACGACAGGCCUACCUCAAGUCGCUGUCCAGCCGCCGCCAGUCCGACCACCAGGGACAGGCCAAUUCUUUCAGCGACUUGUCCUACGCCAACCAACCGGCGCGCCCCACUCACUCUCAACGGCCAUCUUUCGCCUCCUCCACGUUCCAAACGCAGAAUUCAAUGAGCUCGGACCAGAACGCCGGGCGACAGAACCGUACGCAAAUGGAAGAGGCGUUUUCGAUGUUGGUUCUUGAUGGCACAUCCAAUGGCGGGGCUGUCAACAAUUUGGGGAAUGGUCCCUCCUACGACAAUGGGAUCCAGAGUUUCCAGCUUAACCCGGGGUCGCAACCGUGGGAGGUUGGACAGGGGUACGUGAACGGUUUCGCAAAAGACGCGUACGCGAACGAGACGGGCCUCGAAAAACGAGGCUCGGUAGUUGGCAUGGACCCCAUACUUGGCGUGGACAUCUCAGCCGGGAGCGCUUCCCAAGCUGGCGUUGGCUGGAAUGGCGGUUCAUGGUCAAGGCCACCUUCGCGAGACCCUAGGCUGGUCUCGGACCUUGAGCGGCGAGUCCUGGGGCAGCAUCUCGUCACGCCGUCCGUGAGCCCUUAUUACUCAAACAGCUUUAUCCCUCCAGACUUUUCGCAGUAUCCUCCGUAUUCUACUGCGUACGGUAAUCCAAGACAUCCUGCGCACAUGGCGGGAUAUGGUUUUCCUCUUCCCGCUUGGCCUCUCCCGGGCGCGAUCCCGACUCGUCCCGCCCGAGAGCACGACCCUGGCAGGGCUCUGAGGAGCCCGCUUCUCUACGACUUCAAGCACAGCCCGAAAUCGAGACGCUGGGAGCUCAAGGACAUCUGGGGCCACAUUGUCGAGUUCAGCGGCGACCAGCAGGCUUCUCGCUUCAUCCAACUGAAGCUCGAGACGGCUAACAGCGACGAGAGGGACCAGGUCUUUGCCGAGAUCGCACCGAACGCACUCCAGCUGAUGAAGGACGUGUUUGGCAACUAUGUGAUGCAGAAGCUCUUCGAGUACGGAGACCAGGUCCAAAAAAAGGUGUUGGCAAACGCGAUGAGGGGUAGGAUUGUCGACUUGUCAAUGCAGCCCUACUCGUGCCGGGUUGUUCAGAAGGCUCUCCAGCAUGUACUGGUUGAACAGCAAACCGAGCUGGUGAGGGAGCUCGAGUCGGAUCUGAUCACCAUCUCCAAGGACCAGCACGGAAACCAUGUGGUCCAGCAGGUCAUCCAGCUAGUUCCCCGCGAACACAUCGACUUCAUCAUGACCGGCCUCAGGGGCCACGUCUGCGAGCUUGCUUCGCAUCAAUAUGGCUGUCGCGUCAUCCAGAGGUUUCUGGAACACGGCACCGAGGCGGACAAAGUCUCGAUGAUGCUGGAGCUUCACAACAACGCCGAGGUGUUGGUAACAGACCAAUUCGGCAACUAUGUCAUUCAGCACGUCCUCGAGAAGGGCAGCCCAGAGGACCGCUCGAGGAUGAUUGGUAUCGUCACACCUCAGCUCCUGGCGCUUUCGAGACACAAGAACGCAUCCAACGUGGUCGAAAAGUGCAUCCUGUUUGGCACACUCCAAGAACAGCGGGCCAUCCGAGACCAGUUGCUGGCCAAUGCAGACGAAGCGAACAGCCCGCUCUUCCAGCUGAUGAAGGAUCAGUUUGGAAACUACGUCAUUCAAAAACUCGUCAAGGCUCUCCGCGGCGCCGAUAGGACCAUGCUCGUCGACAAGCUUGCGUCACACGUCGGAUCCCUCAAGAAGUCGGGCGCCACGAACAAACAGAUCGAGGCCAUGGAGCGCCUGGUUUGUGACAACAAAGGCGUUUCGCCAUCGACGUAUCCAAGUAACGACUCGACCUCGGCGUCGUCUGCCCCGGCAUCACCAGGCCUGUACGUCGACGUCCAGGGCGCGCCAACCCCAAAUCUAACCACGGACCCCAACAGCCCCCUGAGCACGCCGUCGAGCCACGCGCCCGAUCUGGGCGGGGAUGCUACCGCUGAGGGAGCCGCUGACCACCAGGCCGGCGGCCAGCUGGGCGCUAUCAAGAAGAGCAGCGGUUCUCCGUCGCUGUCGCUGUGGGUGAAGGUAGACGGUGAGGGGAACCAGACCGAGGACUGA